UAACCAGUGCUAGCAUCGUAGAAUGAAACAGUUGAUUAUCUUGUGUGCCAUCCUAAUUCUUGCAGUCAAUGCAAACUCGGAUAUCCAUCCAGAUAUUAUAGAGGACGCGCAUUUAGAUGCGCUAGGACUUCUUCGCAAGUACGGUUAUCCAGCAGAAGAGCACAUCGUAGAAACCGAUGAUGGCUACCUUUUGGGAAUUCACCGCUGUCCCGGCAGCCCAAUGUCCCCGCCAGCCUUCGGUAAGCCCGUAGUCUUGCUGCAGCACGGAAUGUUGAGCUCCUCAGCAGAUUACAUCCUGAUGGGUCCGCAGACCAGUUUGGUGUACAUGUUGGCCGAUGCCGGAUAUGACGUUUGGCUAGGAAAUGCCCGAGGAAAUCGGUACUCCAACCGCCAUCGCUCUCGGCACAACGAGACUGCACAGUUCUGGGACUUUUCGUGGCACGAGGUCGGCAGCAUCGACAUACCCAACGUUAUCGAUUACAUUCGAGCAAGAACUGGACAGCAAGCCAUCCAAUACGUUGGUCACUCGCAGGGAACAACUGUGUUCUGGGUGAUGAUGUCCCAGCAUCCGUACUACAACCGACGCAUCAAGUCAGCUCACUUCCUUGCCCCAGCUGCCUACAUGCACCACACCCGUAGUCCUUAUGUGAUCUUCCUGGCCACCUUCCUGCACACCACGGAACUGAUGCUGCAGAUGAUGGGAACCCACUACUUCGCUCCUACUAACGAGAUGGACAUCCAAGGUGGACUGCAGAACUGUCACGAUGGCGCUCCAAACCAACAAAUGUGCACGAUUCACACCUUCCUGAUUGCGGGCUUCAACUCACAAGAAGUGAACUUUACCAUGUUGCCCGUUAUCCACGCUCACUCACCGGCUGGUGCUUCGGCCAUGCAGAUGAUCCAUCACGCUCAGACCGUCCGAUCACGGAUCUUCCGCCAGUAUGACCACGGACCCACGAUCAAUCUGGUGCGCUACGGAUCGACCAUUCCUCCGCGGUACAACUUCGCCAAUGUUCAGUGUCCCACGUUGCUGUACCACAGCACAAACGAUUGGCUAGCUGCGCCGGAAGACGUUCAGCUACUGCGUAACGAACUUCCCAACGUUCACAAGCAGUAUCUGGUUCGGCAGCAUUCCUUCAACCAUAUGGACUUCAUCUGGGCCAUCAACGUUCGGCCGCUGCUGUACGACGAGCUUCUAGCGGAUCUUAACGCUUACAAAAACGCGAACCCAGUUGGAUAAACUCCUUUGAAAAAAGUAUCAAAAAUAUCUCGAAAUCGCAGAAUAAACAAAUUAUGGAAGAAUUGAAAAAAAAACUAUUGGAAUGUUAUCGAGUUGCUUAAAUUUACAACCGACACCAGUGAGUAGCCAGUAGAUUGCCGAUAAGAAAGAUUUAUGGUCACAUUUCUUUCGCAGAAACUGAGGUCGUAAAUAACAAGUGGUAUGUAGAACGUGCGCAACACUGACGUGACGCCAAUUCCCGUGACUAAGCUAUAAGCGGUUUAACCCGAAGAGCUUAGUACGCGUGAGGCGGCAAAUUUUCCAACCUAAGCGGCUGUCAUCGAAAAAUCUUGUUAAGAAUGUGAUUCAAUUUUUUUUUGGUAUCCUGAACACACAUUGGCUUCGACUAACAUUCCAUCGCUUUUACUCAGGACUCAAACCUUCACUGCUAGUCAUCGGUCUUAAAUGUUUUCGGAAACUAUCGGCUCUAACAAUUGUGGAGCAGUUUUAAACUUUUUAGUCUUAAGAAAACUUGGAAAAAAAUAAAUUAUCGAACUAAAACAA